UUCUUGGCAAGAAGCAGCAGCACCAUUUUGGCCAAGUGGAAUAAAAUUGGCCGUGAUUUAACUGAUAGUAGAAUCCCAACUGCAGCGGUAGAAAACAAUAAUCCAAGGAUCAAAUCAUGGCCCUUCGCUUGACCCAGAGAUUGCUGCAGACGCAGACGCCGUUCCUCACUCGCGGCUAUCCCUUGCUGGUGACCAAGGAGAAGACCGAGGAUGUGGCCCACACCAAAUCGGCGCUGCAAAAGAAAGUCACGGGCACCGAUAUUCCCUCGGCACAGUACGGAGGUCGUCAUGCCGUCACCAUGCUGCCGGGCGGCGGCAUUGGUCCCGAACUGAUGGGCUAUGUGCGCGAGAUCUUCCGGUACUGCGGUGCACCCAUCGAUUUCGAGGUGAUCGAUAUCGAUCCCUCCACCGAGGGCAACGAUGAUCUGGACUACGCCAUCACAUCCAUCAAGAGGAACGGAGUGGCACUCAAGGGCAACAUCGAGACCAAGUCGCAAACCUUGACCGAAGUUUCGCGCAACGUGGCCAUCCGUAACGAACUGGAUCUGUACGUCAAUGUGGUGCACUGCAAGUCGUAUCCGGGCAUUCCGGCCCGCCAUCACGACAUCGACGUGGUGCUCAUCCGCCAGAACACCGAUGGCGAGUACGCCAUGUUGGAGCACGAGUCCGUGCCCGGAAUCGUUGAAAGCAUGAAAGUGGUGACCGUCGAGAAUGCCGAGCGUGUGGCUCGCUAUGCCUUUGAGUUCGCCCGCCAAAACAAUCGCAAGAAGGUUACCACCAUCCACAAGGCGAACAUCAUGAAGCUGUCCGAUGGCCUCUUCCUUGAGGUCGCCAACCGUGUGCACAAGGACUAUCCCGAACUGGAGCACAACAACAUGAUUAUCGACAACACCUGCAUGCAGUCCGUGUCGAAUCCCCACCAGUUCGAUGUCAUGAACAUGACCAACCUGUACGGCACCAUUGUGUCCAACGUUCUUUGCGGCCUGAUGGGCGGAGCUGGCCUCAUUUCCGGCAGGAACUACGGUGACCAUUACGCCAUCUUUGAGCCGGGCACCCGUAACACCGGAACCGCCAUUGCCGGCAAGAACAUCGCCAACCCUGUGGCCAUGAUCAGUGCCAGUAUCGACAUGUUGAACCAUCUGGGUCACAAGGAGCACGCCAACGUCAUCCAGGAGGCCGUCUACCAGACCAUUGUCAACGAUGCCAUUCGCACGCCAGAUAUUGGCGGCACCAACUCCAGUACCGAUGUGGUUGAAAAUAUACUCAAGAUCUUGAGUGCCAAGCGCGUGAAUUGGCCACAUGGAAACUAUUUUAGCCAAUUUUAGGCACUAUCGCACUACCGAACUCAACCAACUGCUAACAAACUCAGCAAGAUAAGCCAAAUCGAACCAAGUCUAAUACCAAAACCAGUCAAAAUUAUAUUAACCCCACAACUAAGCCAAUUUGAGACAUCUUGUACCCCAAGCCAAUGCAUUCAGCGUUAAAUGUGAUGCCCAGAAAAAUCGGUGUAAUCAAAUCGAGAUUGAAAUAUUCCGCUGCUUAACCCAAACAAAAUAUGUUACCCCGGCUAAAUGUCCAUUGUGUGUUCAUUCGAUGUCCAAGUGUGAUAAUUCAGAUUUUCUUGCCGGCCCUAUCCAAUGUUUCUGCACUCUGAUUCUUUCUUCUAAAUUUCCUACUGGAAAGCUGUAUAUUUUCUUUUAUUUAACUUUUUAUGCAAAAUACCCUAAGGCAACAGUACAUGAACAACAAGAAUAACACACUUUGCGCUCUUCAAAAGCCUAGCAAGUUCCACAAGUAGUCAAUCAAAGCGAUAUUAAAUUGUAAAUUUUCCAAAAGAUUUGUAAUAUUGAAAAUGUAUUAUUCUGUUCGAAUAUUUAUUAGUAAAGGAAAAAGUAAAAAAAGACACUGUA